AAAGCUGUCAGACUGCGUCAAUACCUAAGGUAGUAAUAUGUAAUGUAGCGAAAUCCUAAAUGCAACCAUUCCAUCCUUCCAUCACAGGCUUCUGUGGUAUUUGUCAUGAACUCUUCUUUUCAGUUUUGCGUAGGUAAACAGCUCGGCCUUCUUCACACAUCGUCUGUGAUCGAUCAUUCUGUUAAACAGGUAUCGAGAUGCUGGGGCCAUAUAGUAAAGAGUUGAUGAUAGGCCUGGCCGUCGGCGCCAUCGUCUUACCCACUGUCAUGUUUGGGUUAAGACUAUGGGCAAGAAACUUAAAACGCACACGUCUAUCCGCAGAUGAUUGGCUAUGCUUUGCGGGACUACUUGUUGGAUAUGCUUGUUGCGCUUUACAGCUCUACGCUUCUAUUGAUGGAGAGUUAGGCCAACAUCAGACCCUUGGGCCUGAUGGUCAACCUAUCUUGGAUGAUCCGCGAUUUCUGGUUUACGAAAGGGCCAAGCUCGCUGUUAACGUCCUCAGCCCCAUCGGCUUUGGGCUUGUGAAAGCAUCGAUCGUGGUACUUUACGAGGGGAUCUUUCACAAUAUUCGCCCGUUCCGAUGGGCGGCCUACGUUAUGCUUGGGUUGCUCGGUGCAUGGUCUAUUUCGUUUUUCUUCGCCAAUCUGUUCAUCUGCUAUCCCGUCACAGCGCUCAUCGAACCCUUCUACGGCAAGAAAUGCAUCAAUAGAACCGGGGUGUUUCUUUCUACCCUAGUCACCGAUUUAAUAUUCGACGUUCUCAUCCUGGCUAUGCCAAUUCCCGUCGUCUUACGGCUACACUUACCGUUAAGGGACAGGCUCGGAGUGCUUGGGAUGUUCCUACUUGGUGCAAUCGUUGUCGCCGUCAGCAUUGCUCGGCUCGUCCAGUUACUAGAAGUGAACUCGCAGUAUCUUUACUACGCCACCGACGAAACUUACUAUACAUCGCCUGCAUUCUUCUGGGCUAACAUCGAGCUGGCGAUUGCUGUAAUAUCAGCUUGUCUUCCAACACUGAAACCAGUAUUGGUUUAUUUCUUCCCUCCCGCUCCGCCGAAGACACAAUCAACCCCGAACAGUUACAUUAAAAUUACCGACCCACAAGCUUCGCGUCAGUCGGACAUGUAUUCCACAGAAGCAGCCAAAAACUCCAUACCUUUAGAUUCUUAUGAUCGGUAGUGUAGGAAAACUUCUCAUAUAAGGGAAUGUGUACCUAGGUAUUUAAGUCGUAAAAUACAAUCUUUUAGCCUCAUCGCAGAGACCAGACAAAUCAAUUUGGGGUACUCGUUAAGCCGCCAUCUAAUAUCGAAGUCUUGAAUACUACGUACUACUGUUGGAUUGGGUUGAAUUAAGCAUCGUACCCGCAUUUUAGUAACCUGUAACCCGGGCUGUCUUGUCCUACGUGCCCACCCCGUGCAGCUGCCGU